AUGGCUAAAGCGCCUAAAAAGAAAUUCUCUUCCGCUCCCUCCGGUUCGGGGGCUACAGUCUCCGCCGACAAGCACAUGAACUCAGUUUUCAAGUUUAACACCAACCUUGGUCAGCAUAUCUUGAAAAAUCCACUUGUGGCUCAAGGUAUCGUGGAUAAAGCGCAGAUCAAGCCCAGCGAUAUUGUAUUAGAAGUUGGUCCUGGUACUGGUAACUUGACUGUGCGGAUUUUGGAGCAGGCUCGUAAGGUUGUUGCCGUUGAAAUGGAUCCGAGAAUGGCAGCAGAGUUGACCAAAAGAGUUCACGGCACUCCUCAGCAAAAGAAAUUGGAAAUCCUCUUGGGUGACUUCAUGAAGACUGAUCUUCCUUAUUUCGAUGUGUGUAUCUCCAAUACCCCAUACCAAAUCUCGUCUCCUUUGGUGUUUAAACUUCUCAAUCAGCCAAAACCUCCAAGAGUCUCCAUUCUUAUGUUCCAAAGAGAAUUUGCUUUGCGUCUUUUGGCUCGUCCUGGUGACGCCUUAUAUUGUCGUUUGUCUGCAAACGUGCAAAUGUGGGCCAACGUUACGCAUAUCAUGAAGGUGGGUAAGAACAACUUCCGUCCUCCUCCGCAAGUUGAGUCUUCUGUUGUAAGAAUUGAGGUCAAACAACCUCGUCCCAACGUGGACUUCAAUGAGUGGGAUGGUUUACUCCGAAUCUGUUUUGUGAGAAAGAAUAAGACCAUCGCAGCUGGUUUCAAGUCGAACAAUGUUAUUGAGAUUCUAGAGAAGAACUACAAGGCUCUUUUGGCUACUCAAGAUGCAGACUCCAUGAAUGUGGAUUCAAAGACUGACUUGACCAGUGUUGUGAAGCAAAAAAUCGAACAAGUGUUGACUGAGACUGGCUUUUCCGACCAGAGAUCGUCCAAGAUGGACCAGACUGACUUUUUGAAGCUUUUGUUUGCAUUCCACCAAGUUGGAAUCCACUUUGCAUGA